AUGAAGUCCUUUAUUGCUACCGCUGCGCUCGUCGCUACCACUGCCGCAUCCAACGUCGCUGAGCGUGGCGCAGGAGUCUACAACUUCAUGGCACAAUGCAACGUCAACGAGCCUAAGGUCAAGGUCGUCAACCGCUGCUCCUAUCCCGUGUACCUCUGGUCGAUUGACAAGCAGUAUGGCUGCCCUGACGGCUCGGGUUUCGAAUUGAAGACUGGCGAUCUGUACCAGGAGAACUUCCAGGACGGAACCGACGGCGGCAUCUCUAUCAAGCUCUCCAAGUUCGAGACAUGCGGUGGAAAGGAUAUCACCCAGUUGGAAUACAAGAUCGAGAAGGCGAACGCAGCGUUCCAAGGAAACUACCUUGACAUGUCUUUCGUCGACUGCACUGGCAACUUGGAGGACUGUCCCGGCCGUACGGAUGGUUUCUAUCUGAAGGCUGGAAACCAAAAUGGCCUCUUCAAAUCCGCAGUCAACAAUGAGCACUGCCCCAUCUUCAAUGUUUACAACGCUGAGGAGGCCGCGAAGGUGUCCUACAUCAACUGGGACGAUCCUCAGACCAAGUGGUGCGAUGUGACCGCCGAUUUGGACCUCUACCUUUGCGGUGGCGACGCCCCCGGCGACGAUGACAGCUCUUCCGCUGCACCCGUCUCCUCGACUGCACCCGUCUCGUCGGCUGCACCCUCGAGCGAAAUUGAGAGCAGCAGCGCCGCUCCCACCACCACCAGCAGCAGCAGCUCGUCUGAGGAGGCUCCCGCUCCUUCCUCAACGGAGGAUGCGUACGUUGUCGCUGCCGCCGCCGCCGUUACUGAGGCUCCCGUCGCUUCCUCUGCUCCCGUCGUCAAGACUGAGGUUGUCUAUGUCACCGAAUUCGUCAACAGGAGGCACGCACACGGCCGCCGCCAUCAGCACUUCCACGCAUAA